CCACACUGGACACCACUACAGAAAGUACAUUAGAAACAACAACAGCAACCACACUGGACACCACUACAGAAAGUACAUUAGAAACAGCAACAGCAACCACACUGGACACCACUACAGAAAGUACAUUAGAAACAACAACAGCAACCACACUGGACACCACUACAGAAAGUACAUUAGAAACAGCAACAGCAACCACACUGGACACCACUACAGAAAGUACAACAGCAGAAACAACAACAGCAACCACACCGGACACCACUACAGAAAGUACAUUAGAAACAACAACAGCAACCACACUGGACACCACUACAGAAAGUACAUUAGAAACAACAGCAGCAACCACACUGGACACCACUACAGAAAGUACAUUAGAAACAACAACAGCAACCACACUGGACACCACUACAGAAAGUACAUUAGAAUCAGCAACAGCAACCACACUGGACACCACUACAGAAAGUACAUUAGAAACAGCAACAGCAACCACACUGGACACAACUACAGAAAGUACAUUAGAAACAGCAACAGCAACCACACUGGACACCACUACAGAAAGUACAUUAGAAACAACAACAGCAACCACACCGGACACCACUACAGAAAGUACAUUACAAACAACAACAGCAGCCACACUGGACACCACUACAGAAAGUACAUUAGAAACAGCAACAGCAACCACACUGGACACCACUACAGAAAGUACAUUAGAAACAGCAACAGCAACCACACUGGACACCACUACAGAAAGUACAUUAGAAACAACAACAGCAACCACACCGGACACCACUACAGAAAGUACAUUACAAACAACAACAGCAGCCACACUGGACACCACUACAGAAAGUACAUUAGAAACAACAACAGCAACCACACUGGACACAACUACAGAAAGUACAUUAGAAACAACAACAGCAACCACACUGGACACCACUACAGAAAGUACAUUAGAAACAACAACAGCAACCACACUGGACACCACUACAGAAAGUACAUUAGAAACAACAACAGCAACCACACCGGACACCACUACAGAAAGUACAUUAGAAACAACAACAGCAACCACACUGGACACCACUACAGAAAGUACAUUAGAAACAACAACAGCAACCACACUGGACACCACUACAGAAAGUACAACAGCAGAAACAACAACAGCAACCACACUGGACACCACUACAGAAAGUACAUUAGAAACAGCAACAGCAACCACACUGGACACCACUACAGAAAGUACAUUAGAAACAACAACAGCAACCACACCGGACACCACUACAGAAAGUACAUUAGAAACAGCAACAGCAACCACACUGGACACCACUACAGAAAGUACAUUAGAAACAACAACAGCAACCACACUGGACACCACUACAGAAAGUACAUUAGAAACAACAACAGCAACCACACUGGACACCACUACAGAAUGUACAACAGCAGAAACAACAACAGCAACCACACUGGACACCACUACAGAAAGUACAUUAGAAACAGCAACAGCAACCACACUGGACACCACUACAGAAAGUACAUUAGAAACAACAACAGCAACCACACCGGACACCACUACAGAAAGUACAUUAGAAACAGCAACAGCAACCACACUGGACACCACUACAGAAAGUACAUUAGAAACAACAACAGCAACCACACUGGACACCACUACAGAAAGUACAUUAGAAACAACAACAGCAACCACACUGGACACCACUACAGAAAGUACAUUAGAAACAACAACAGCAACCACACUGGAUACCACUACAGAAAGUACAACAGCAGAAACAACAACAGCAACCACACUGGACACCACUACAGAAAGUACAUUAGAAACAACAACAGCAACCACACUGGACACCACUACAGAAAGUACAACAGCAGAAACAACAACAGCAACCACACUGGACACCACUACAGAAAGUACAUUAGAAACAACAACAGCAACCACACCGGACACCACUACAGAAAGUACAUUAGAAACAACAACAGCAACCACACUGGACACCACUACAGAAAGUACAUUAGAAACAGCAACAGCAACCACACUGGACACCACUACAGAAAGUACAUUAGAAACAACAACAGCAACCACACUGGACACCACUACAGAAAGUACAUUAGAAACAACAACAGGAACCACACUGGACACCACUACAGAAAGUACAUUAGAAACAGCAACAGCAACCACACCGGACACCACUACAGAAAGUACAUUAGAAACAACAACAGCAACCACACUGGACACCACUACAGAAAGUACAUUAGAAACAACAGCAGCAACCACACUGGACACCACUACAGAAAGUACAUUAGAAACAACAACAGCAACCACACUGGACACCACUACAGAAAGUACAUUAGAAACAGCAACAGCAACCACACUGGACACCACUACAGAAAGUACAUUAGAAACAACAACAGCAACCACACUGGACACCACUACAGAAAGUACAUUAGAAACAACAACAGCAACCACACUGGACACCACUACAGAAAGUACAUUAGAAACAGCAACAGCAACCACACUGGACACCACUACAGAAAGUACAUUAGAAACAACAACAGCAACCACACUGGACACCACUACAGAAAGUACAUUAGAAACAACAACAGCAACCACACUGGACACCACUACAGAAAGUACAUUAGAAACAACAGCAGCAACCACACUGGACACCACUACAGAAAGUACAUUAGAAACAACAACAGCAACCACACUGGACACCACUACAGAAAGUACAUUAGAAACAGCAACAGCAACCACACUGGACACCACUACAGAAAGUACAUUAGAAACAACAACAGCAACCACACUGGACACCACUACAGAAAGUACAUUAGAAACAACAACAGCAACCACACUGGACACCACUACAGAAAGUACAUUAGAAACAACAACAGCAACCACACUGGACACCACUACAGAAAGUACAUUAGAAACAGCAACAGCAACCACACUGGACACCACUACAGAAAGUACAUUAGAAACAACAACAGCAACCACACUGGACACCACUACAGAAAGUACAACAGCAGAAACAACAACAGCAACCACACUGGACACCACUACAGAAAGUACAUUAGAAACAACAACAGCAACCACACUGGACACCACUACAGAAAGUACAUUAGAAACAACAACAGCAACCACACCGGACACCACUACAGAAAGUACAUUAGAAACAACAACAGCAACCACACUGGUCACCACUACAGAAAGUACAUUAGAAACAACAACAGCAACCACACUGGACACCACUACAGAAAGUACAUUAGAAACAACAACAGCAACCACACUGGACACCACUACAGAAAGUACAUUAGAAACAGCAACAGCAACCACACUGGACACCACUACAGAAAGUACAACAUCUGAAAUCCCAAUGGGAAGCACAGUACCUGGAACACCAAAAUCAGACCGAACAGCAGUGACUAAAGCAUCGUCUACCCCUCAUGCUCCCAACACCACCACCCCAACAGGAACUACAUUAUCUGUACCCCAAUCAACACCCAUCACCUCAACGGUAUCAAGCAGUUCUAGCGAAAUCCUUUCCACGACAGCAUAUGAAGACUCACACCUGGGCUGGAGAACCACAGGGAUUGUCAUUGGAGUGAUAGUCGGGGCUGCUUUGUUAAUAUUGCUGAUCUGUUUAUUAAUAAUGCUAGCAAGGAAAAUGACUGGGAAAACGUCAACGUACUCACUAGACCCAAAGGAACUCGCACAGAGCUAUAAACCAAGGGGAACUAUGGGAACUUUUUUUUAUCAAGAUAUAUAGAUGAAUAUUUUUAUUUAUAUUUCUACCAUAUUUUUGCAAACAAAAGAAUUCUAAAGUAUAACAAUGCUGAAUGCGCACAAAUGAGAAACAAUCAUACAGUGUACAUUUAUAUUUAUGUGUUCAAUUUAAACACAAUAUUGAAAUCGAUAAUGCACUUUGUAAAGGCAGAAUCAGAGACUUUUGAAGAAUUGUCUUUAUUCCAUGCUUUUAAAUCCAGGUUUAUAAUUGAAUUGAAUGUGUCAAAUAUGAACGACUCCUAUAGUUUUUUUAUUUUUAUUUUGUGAUUAUUAAGGUGAGAGAAAGCAGCAGCUCUAGAAUGAUGGGUAAUCAGGAUACAGUCAGCAUUAUGCUGAAAUCUGCAUAUCCCGAUUACCCAUGAUUCUAUAUCUACUGUUUCCUCUCACCUUCAUUCGAAAGCUACUUCUAUAUCCACACACACAUGCAUAGUAUAAUAUAUACACUGCAUGCGCUUGUGUUAUUAUUAUUUAUACAUAGAGAUGAAUCCAUUCAAUUUCAUUUAUUUUAUAUACAGUGUGACUUCCUUAUAAGCCUUCAUAAUCUUUUUUUAUUUAAUCUUAUUACGUGGUUUAAAAUUUAGUUUUAAAAAAUACUAAUGAUAAUCUUGGAUUGAACGAAGGCACCAGAACAUGGCAAUGCUGUCUGUGUUGAAACCGUCAGAAAUGCUUUCUUACAUCCAGUUGCUUUUAUUUGUUUUUAAACACAUUGUACUGCGUUGAUUAUACACGGAGGGAUUUUAAAGAUGACAUGACAGGUUAUGUACGUAUGUAUGUGCUUGAAAUUAUUACUAAAACAUCUGUUUGUGUUUACCUUUAAAAUAAGUCAUGAUGUUGUUUUUCA